AUGACCUUGUCACUUUUCAACUUGAUCUCCAAGAUGCAAACUGGUAUUCUCUACGGCGCGACAGCGUACGUCAUUUGGGGCGUCCUCCCCAUGUACUGGAAGCAGCUCGGCGCCGUGCCGGCGAUCCAGCUCGCGUUCCAUCGCAUCGCGUGGUCGUUCCUCGUCCUCCUUUUCAUCAUCGCGGUCAAGGGCGACUUCAAAGCCUUCCGCGCCGCAGCUCGCGGUUGGCGCGUCUUUGCCAUCUACACGAUCGCAAGCGUUGCGAUCCUCGGCAACUGGGUCAUGUACAUUUGGGCUGUCAACGCUGGCUACGUCCUCGAGACGAGUCUUGGCUACUUUAUCACGCCCCUCGUCAACGUGCUCGUCGGCGUCCUCGUCUUCAAGGAGAAGCUUCGGAUCUGGCAGUGGCUCGCGAUGGGCUUUGCAUUUGCGGGUGUCCUCGUCAUUGCGAUCGCGUACGCCAAGUUUCCAUGGAUCGCGCUCACGCUCGGUAUCACGUUCUCCAUCUACAGCGUCGCCAAGAAGCAAGCGCCCCUGAGUGCGCUCCACGGCUUGACGGUCGAGACGGGCAUCCUCUUUGUGCCGGCUGUCGUCUAUCUCUCGGUCGCUGAGGCCAUGGGCGAUGGCGGUUUUUUGCAUGUGAGCACGGGGCACAACCUCAUGCUUGUUGGCGCCGGUGUUGUGACAGUGAUCCCAAUGGUGCUGUUUGCGUCCGCGGCGCAGCGAAUCCCACUGAGUCUUCUCGGCGUGCUGCACUACAUUGCCCCGAGCCUCAUGUUUGUGUUGGGCAUUGCCGUCUACCACGAAGCCUUCUCGACAGCCAAGCUCAUUGGCUUCAUUCUUGUCUGGACGGGUCUUGCUAUAUACACGGUCGAAGGCCUCGCGCACCAGAGAGCAGCCAAGCAAGCCCUACUCACGUCGCCCGUGGAGCAAACCAUCGAAGCGACUUCUCCUGCCAAAGACGAGACGACGAUCGAUGCGGAGGGCGACACACCAUACGCGCGCGUUUAGACGAGUCCUCCCACUGCGAGCAACUAUCGGCAUAGUCGCUCACAUGAAACACAAACGCACUGUAAUCGAAAUGAAAACUUUUCCAGAUCCA